GUACAUUUGAACACGGUGAAAAUUUACAGGCGUCUACAAUAGAAAUUAUUAUAUGAAUGACAAUUGUGAAAUAUUUACUAAGCUGUAGGACAAGGAAUACCAAAAUCUGCAUUAGUAGAAACUGCCUGCCAAAGACAUUGUCAUGCGAAUACUUUUCACGACACAUUUAAGAACGGUAGAAGCCAGCUAAUCUAUGAAAUAACAUUUGGUUGAAGUCCUAGUGGGAGUGUGAUUUUGUCUCGACACUUCAGACCAAGACAUAGCAGCUGAAGAUUUAUACCACAAUGGACGAGUCAUUAAGGCAUAACAACCCGACUCCUAGAUUGCGAGCGAACUUUCUUUCAAAAUUGCUUUACUGGUGGAUGAACCCUAUCUUUAAGAUAGGUAAUAAAAGAAGAUUAGAAGAGGAUGAUAUGUACAAUAUCACUCAUGACGAAGGAUCCAAAUACCUUGGAGAUGAACUGGAAAGAGAAUGGCAAAAGGAAACGCAAAAAUACCAAGAUUCCGGAAAGAACCCUAGCCUAAUCAAACCAUUGUUUAGGAUAUUUGGAUAUACUUAUAUCCUGUAUGGAAUUCUGCUCCUUUUUGAGGAAGUCACGAUAAUUAUUCAGCCAAUACUGCUCAGUGGACUGAUACGAUAUUUUACGACAGACUCGCCUGUGUCCAAAGCAGAAAGUUAUAUGUAUGCUGGAGGUGUUGGGUUUUGUGCUUUUAUUCUGGCUUUCACACAUCAUCCCUAUUACCUUGGCGUUCAGAUGAUAGCAGUGAGGAUGAAAAUAGCAUGUUCCUCGCUUAUUUACAAAAAGUCGCUGAGGUUAAGCAGUGAAGGUCGCAGACAGACAACUACAGGACAGAUUGUCAAUCUUCUUGCAAAUGACGUUACAACUUUCAAUCAGCUGAUGACGAGGUUACACUUUGCUUGGAUCGGUCCAGGUGAGGUCAUUGCAGUCUUGGUAAUAUUAUGGCUUCAAAUAGGUCCACCGGCGAUAGCUGGAUUUCUGAUGAUAAUUUUGAUGGCUCCUCUUUUGCAAUUGACUGGAAAGCUGAUAUCGAAGUACAGGAAAACUUCAUCUGAAUAUAGAGAUAAAUGUAUUCAUUUGGUAACAGAGAUCGUAGUGGCAAUACGUGUCAUAAAAUUGUACUGUUGGGAAAAACCGCUUGGAGAUCUACUAAGAAACGAAAGAAAGCUUGAAGUUGACGAGCAAAGAAAGCUAUUACAUAUACACAUAGUACAAGAAACUUUGAAAUUAGUUUCAAAAUUACUUUUCCUCUUACCUGUGGUAGUAUGGAUGAUGUUGGCUUCGAUAGACCUCCGUGCUUCUUCUAUUUUUUUGGCCAUUCGCAUUUGUGAACACGUUGGAUUUACUGUCAUGCGAAGAAUGGUGCGCGCUUACACGUUGACGGUUCAAACAAAAGUCAGCCUAAGUCGCAUCCAGGAAUUUCUGCUCCUUGACGAAAAAAAUGGCGGAACGAAAUCAAUGCCAGUUCAUAACCGUCAAGCGGAAACAUGUUAUGUUAAUUUCAAUAUCAAAAGUGCAAAAUUGGAACGAGAUUGUGAUCGGUUGACUUUAAAGGACGUUUCGGCCAGUGUAAGAACCGGGAAAUUGUUAACUAUCAUCGGUCCAGUCGGUGCUGGAAAGUCUUCAAUACUGCUGACAAUAUUAAAAGAACUCCCAGAAGUUUAUGGAGAAGUAAAUGUUUCCGGUCGUGUAGCGUAUACUAGUCAAGAGCCAUGGGUAUUCUCAGGAACUGUACGACAGAAUAUUACUUUUGGUAACGAAUUUGAUAGUGCGAUAUACAACAGAAUACUGCGGGCUUGUGCUUUAGAUAGGGAUAUAUCCGUUAUGCCCAAUGGAGAUCAAACUUUGAUUGGUGACCGCGGUGUGAUUUUAAGUGGCGGACAGAAAUCUCGAGUUAGCCUGGCGCGGACACUGUACACAGAUGCCGAUAUCUAUUUGCUUGAUGACCCGCUUAGUGCUGUGGAUUCUAUCAUUGGACAACACAUUUUUGAAAAUGUUAUACAAGGCCUUUUAAAUGGAAAAGCAGUAGUUCUGGUCACACAUCAGUUGCAGUUCCUGAGGUUUUCUGAUGAAAUAAUUUAUCUAAAGGAGGGGAAAAUUGUUGGUAAAGGGACAUAUCAGGAGUUAUCACCCGUAAUAAAGCAACACCACAGAAGUAAUGAACAGUCGGAAAUCUAUUGUGAGACACAUGCGCAACAAGAUACUGGAUCCUGUAGACAACGUAAUAGACAUGAAGAAGAUUUGCCAAAGUCUGAAAUAAUUCUGUCUCCUACCUCGAUCAGACCAGACUUCAAGUCCGAACCUGUCGGGGUACCGGUGGGGGAAGAAAGGCGUGAGAAAACAGUAAAAGCGACUACGUAUAGCCACUAUCUCAAAGCUGGGGCUGGAUUGCCUACAAUACUAAUCAUGAUAAUGGCAUUUCUAGCAGCACAAGGAAGCUAUGUCUUUUGUGACUGGUGGCUUUCCUACUGGACAAACCAAGAGGAGGAUAAAUAUGCUGCUAUGGCUAGGGACGCAGACUUGUCAUUAAAUGGUGUCAACAAUACACAUGUCAUGAUACCGAGAGUAGAUACGCAAUUCAAUAUAGCCAUAUUCAGUGUAAUCACCGGCGGUGUUUUCAUUUUUGGAUUAUUGCGAGCACUUAUUUUCUUUAAAGUGGCGUUAGAUGCAUCACGAAAUCUUCAUAACUCGAUGUUUGAUAGUGUGUUGGGAACUAGGAUAGGAUUUUUUUAUGCCAAUGAGGCCACAGGAAGAGUACUGAACAGAUUUUCAAAAGAUAUAAGACAGCUUGACGACACAUUACCGAAAACAUUCUUCGAAUUUCUACAGAGUGCUUUGGUUGUCCUUGGUGUAAUAAUAGUUGCAGGAAUGGCUGUGCCAUGGGUGUACAUUGCCUUACUGCCCCUUACAGUUGUGAUUGUGCUUCUGAGGAGAUAUUAUGUCAAAACAGCUAACCAUAUUCGCCGACUAGAAAGCACGACGCAAAGUCCUGUGAGCGGCCAUGUAGCGGUUACGCAAGAGGGAAUUUGCACAAUUCGAGCAUUCGGAAUGCAGAACAAGAUGAUAGAAAAAUACGACUAUCUUCAGAACUUGCACACAGAGACUACGAUUAUUUUUCUAACGUCAGCACGCUGGUUUGCCAUCAGACUCGACCUACUGUGUGCCUUAUUUGUUAAUGCGGUUUCAUUUUCCUGUGUUUUAACGGCUGAUAGACUAAACGCUGGUUCGGUUGGUCUAUCUAUUACAUAUGCAAUGUCAUUAAUGGCUCAGUUUCAAUGGUGUGUAAGACAAAGUGCAGAAGUUGAGAAUCAGAUGGUAGCGGUUGAAAGAAUCCUAGAAUACAUAAAACUUUUACCCGAGUCAAAUGAAGGUUCAGCUCCUCCACCUCAGUGGCCUAAGACAGGCGAGAUAACCAUGCAAGGAGCAAGUCUGAGAUAUUCAAGUGAAUUACCGAACGUUCUUAAGGACUUAUCCUUCACAAUCAGAGAUAGAGAAAAGGUUGGCAUUGUUGGUAGAACGGGAGCAGGUAAAAGCUCAUUAAUUGCCAUGCUGUUUCGCUUGGUGGAACCCACUGGCAGUAUCAUGAUAGACAACGUAAACAUACAAGAAACAGGAAUUUAUGAUCUGAGAAGAAGUAUUUCUAUCAUUCCACAGGACCCGGUGUUGUUUACCGGACCACUAAGGAGAAAUAUAGACAGAUUCGGUGAUUAUGAAGAUGAAGAAAUUUGGAACGCUCUGGAUGAGGUUCAGCUGAAACGAAAGAUAAAAGAAUUACCGCUAGGUCUAGACACGGAGGUAUCUGAGGGUGGAAGCAAUUUUAGUGUUGGAGAACGGCAGCUUAUCUGUCUUACAAGGGCUAUUUUACGAGAUACGAAAAUAAUCGUUAUUGACGAAGCCACCGCUAAUGUUGAUAGCAGCACAGAUGAAGUGAUUCAGCGUGUGAUUCGAUUGAAGUUCCGUGGAUGCACAGUUCUAACUAUUGCUCAUCGACUUCUUACAGUCAUGGAUUGUGACAGAAUUUUGCCAUCUUACAAAGAAAUAAAGAAGGAAACGGAAACUGCAGGAUACUUUGAUUUCAUUUUCACGCUGCUGCGUAAAAUCUCAAGUCAUUUUCAUCACACCUUGCUGAACAUGAAUAAGGUUCUAGACGAUGGAAAUGUUGUUGAGUUUGAUGUACCGUUCCUCCUUCUCCAAAAUACUAAUAGUUUAUUGAGGAAGAUGGUUGAAGAGACCGGAGAGAAAAUGACCUCAUAUCUAUUCAAGGCUGCUGAAUCUGCAUAUGACAGAAAAGAACCUGCUCAUGUUGAUAAGAAUAUCCUCUUACAACGUCCAAAAGAGGAACAAAGCAUUUCAGAUGAAGACCAAGAACCCAAUGGUGUCCUCUCUCAACGUUCAUCAGAGGAAAACAUCGUUUUAGAGACAAGUAAAUAACUGUAUGGAAAGACUAGACUUCAUUGAAUGAAAAUUUGAUAGGAAAUAAUGCAUGAAGUAAAUAUUUCGUCAGUUAUUUUAGGAAAAUAAAAUAUUUGCCAAUAAUUAGACUCGACAAAGAGCCACUGAAGAAAAAAUGUAUCAGUAAAAUAUUUGUCAUCUCUUAUACCUAAAUAAAGCGGAAACAGAGAUGGUAUUAAUCGGUCACUAAAAGUAACAUAAAACUGACUAUUUCGUCACGAGUUUAACUAUACUUCAUCAAAAUGAAUGGUCCACAAAUACAAUAGCACCUAUAUUUAUUUUAGCAAAUUAGAUGAUUUUUCAGUGCCAUUCUUCAACAAGAUUUUACUUGUGUUACAUGGGUAAUUAACCUUUUAACCUUACCACUGCUACUUGAGUACCAACAUGUUCCCCGCAUAGAACAUAAGUAAGAACAAAUCGCCAUGUAUUGCUGGGUAAGUUUAAUAUCGCCACUAAACAAAUUUCGGGGAAGGGGAAAUAUAGGAGUCAUUUUGUCCCGUCUCUUCCGAGUUUUGCCCCUUAAAUUUCGAUAGAACUAAAACAGAUAUCGCAUUUAAACUUACAAUAGGCUUUAUGGAUCAUUUGACAAUUUCCCAUACUAGGUUUUGUAAAUCUGACUUUUCUUUUAACAAACUUACUUCCUUUAGAGUAUCAUGUUCCGUCUGUUCUAGGGAAAUCAUAAAGAUAUUAUUUCGAAACUGGCUUAAGAUUUUAGGUGCAUAUAACAGGUUUUAUGAACAGACUCAAUCAAUCUGAGUCUGCUAUCAUUCUUCGUGGUUGCAUUCUUUGAUUCCAACGGAUCUUUUUACAGAUUUUAUUAUAUACCAAGUCCCAUUACUCUGUCUUCUGUUUAUACGGAACUUUUUCCUUUUUGGCUUUGAAAAUGUGCUACAACUUAAAAAAGAAUUACAAAACCUAAAAUACUCGGGUCAAAAAGCCUUUAAAGAUUAUUGUCAGUAAAUGCCCGUGUUCAUAAAAAUGGAAUACUUAACUUUCUUCACUGCAUAAUAGGUAAACAUGUGAAGAGAAACGCGAUAGUCAAUACGUGUCCACUGAGCAGUGCCAUUAAAGAUUUCAUUGAGUUUUUACCGUGUGAUCAAUGCACUCUGAUAGGACACAAUACAAAAUCUUUUGAUGCAAGAAUUUUGAUGAGGUCUUUACUCAAGACAGAAUACCUAGAUUUGUUCUUGUCAAAGAACGCAUUUUUUGUUGACACCUUACCUUAUUUAGGAACAAGUUCCCCGAUUUGAAAGGGGAAGGUUACAAACAAAGCACUCUGGCUGCACAAAUGUUGCCUUCUUCACAACAGUACGAUGCGCAUAACGCAACGGACGAUGUCAGGAUGCUUAGGGAUUUAGUACAUCAGUCAAAAUUAAAUGACGAUGAUUUGUUUGAUUUUUCGUUUACAGUAUCUGAUGUGCUAGAUUCACUAAAGGUAUCAGAAAGAGUAGCAUCUAUGUCAGUUUUGAAGGGCAAAGUAUCAAGCAAUAUGAUAAAAAAUUGCCAUUUCAGGAAUGAAUUUCAAUCAUCUUAAACUUGCGUUUACACGUAGUGGCAGGGAUGGAGUUAUUUCUAUUUUGAAAGAACCAGUGCAUGGAAAACCAAGAGUAACAAGUAAUAAACAAGUUAUCAAUAAAAUUGUAGUAGCAUUAGAUGACAUCGUUAUGAGUUCGUAGGAAAUUUGUCAAUACAUAUUGUUAGUUACGUGAAAUUUUCACGUCGAAGAAUCACUGAAAGAAGGGUCGAAAAUGCAGUGCAUACAUAUUAUUAUGUCUUUUUGUUUUGUUUUUUUUUGUUUUGUUUUUUUAAUUCUGAAAGUCUGCAGAUAUGACUGUCACAUUUUUUCAGAGUUACUUAUAUGAAUCACCGGACCGGGUUCAAAAUUUGUGUUAUCAACCGGUUUAUAGUUAGACAUUAAAUUUCUGUGUGCUUAUGUCGAAACCAGUAAAAAAAUUGUAAAAAUGUAUUUCUUAUGUGUUGAAUGGCUGGUUAUAAUAUUGUGACUCAUUUUACUGUAAGUUUGCAGGUAACAUGAUAAGGAAAUUAGUUCGUAUACGGCAGAUACAACCUUAUUUAAAGUCUGAUCAUUGCUGUUUUAUUUCAGUUCCUGAAAAGAUGAAACACUUGUCUUUGAGGAAUAUGUAAUUACGUUUUAUAUGUUUAACUCUUCAUUCACUAUAAUACGAAUUUCAAUUGUUCACAUUGUAUUCACCGUUUUGCAAACUGGUUUUUAGCUCGACUAUUCAUAGAAUAGUAGAGCUAUUGGACUCGCCCAUGCGUCGGCGUCCGCGUCCGCGUCCCGAUUUGGUUAAGGUUUUGUAUGUAAGUUAGUAUCUCAGUAACCACUUGUGGGAAUGGAUUGAAACUUCACACACUUAUUCACUGUGAUAAACUGACUUACACUGGAUAGGUUCCAUAACUCUGCUUUGCUUUUUUACAAAAUUAUGCCCUUUUUUUUACUUAGAAAUGUUUGGUAAAGGUUUUGUAUGUAAGCUGGUAUCUAACUACUCACUAAUGGGAAUGGAUUGAAACUCCACACAAUUAUUUACUGUGAUCAACUGACUUACACUGCACAGGUUUCAUAACUCUAUUUUGCGUUUUUACAAAAUUAUUCCCCUUUUUCGUCUUAAAUUUUUGGUUAAGGUUUUGUGUGUAAGCUGGUAUUUCAGCACUCACUAAUGGGAAUGGAUUGUAACUUCACACACUUGUUCACUGUCAUGAUCUGACAUGCACAAAGCAGGUUCCAUAACUCUAUUCGUUUUUUUUUUUUUUUUAAUUAUGCCUCUUUUUCAACUUAGCAGUUUUUGGUUAAGUUUUUGUAUGUAAGCUGGUAUCUCAGUCCACUCAUGGGAAAGAAUUGAAACUUCACACACUUGUUCACUGCCCCUUUUUCAACUUAGGAGUUUUUGGUUAAAUUCUUAUAUGUAAGCUGGUAUCUCGGUACCCACUAAUGGGAAUGAAUUGAAACUUCACACACCUGUCCACUGUCAUGAGCUGAUAAGCACUAUGCAGGUUCCAUAACCCUGUUUUGAUGCUGUUUUACUAAAUUAUACCCCUUUUUCGACUUUUGUAUUCAUUCAAUUGACAAGGCUGUUGAAUAGUCGAGCGUUGCUGUCCUCCGACAGCUCUUGUUUUAUGUUGGCUUGUAAUCGACUAUAUAUUUUGUGUAUGUGCAAGUCAUUUCUACAUAUCAAUUGGUAUUUGAGAAUUAUGAAAGGCAUUUCAAAAUUAAUUUAUAUUUUUAAGAUAACUGAUAUGUAUAAAGCUUUCAUAUUAUUCAGACAUUUUAUAUCACAGCCAUAGCAGUUAUGAAGCGCAUUGUCAUAAUAAAUAUGAAAAAUUAUGAAAAACAUUUUA